AUGUAUGGUUUUUCCCAAGCAAUCAGUCGUACAAAAUCUCAUUUGAACUUCAAAUUGAACCAUGGCGAAUGUCUGUGCAGCCUAGAAGUACCAUUGAUGACAUCAUGGACUGAUUCUAACCCAGAACGACGCUUUUAUGGCUGUGGGAUGUAUGAGCUUGUGGGACAAAAGAGGUGUGGCCAUUUUGUUUGGUAUGACGAAGAGAUAACCCCAAGAGCAAAAGAAAUGAUUACAUCUUUGAAGGAAAAAUUAUGCUCAGAGCAGAAUAAGGUUAAUGAAUGCAGGGUCAAAGAGGAUGAGUUGAAGAUGAAGAUUAAGUUCCUUAAUAUGCAAAUGAAGUUUUCAUGUGUUAUGAGCUUUGUAAUGUUAUUAGGUUUAAUUGUAUCAAGUGUAAUGAAGUAG